UGGUUGGACAGGUGAGGACGGUCUUCCGAAUCAAUUAGUCACAGACUCCGGUGACUCCGUGUGUGAAAAAGGUGUGUGGACUGCGACAAUUCGAAUUUUAAAUUCAAAUUCAAUAUUACGUUUAAACGUUAUUAGGCCGUUUGAAAGUUUGCUGUGUUCGUAUGGCUCAUGUCAUGGAGGAUGAGAGAAUCUGGCCCGACAGAGAUGCUGUUACAAAAGCAUUAGAUGGUGACACUGAUCGUCCUGAACUGGAGAAAAACAACCCUGAAACAAAUGUGGAGAACUGUGAAGCGUCUGGAGGACUUUACUGCACAUCUGAAGGGUUUGCGGAAGCUCUUAGAUCUGUUGCAAGCUCACAGUUAUGGAACUCUAUGCUAUUUUCAUCCGUCUUCUCUCUGGAGAGCUCCAUCUUGAAAUCUUCUGACAUGGAUUGUGUGGAAAGGGCAGAUGCUACGGAAGUCAGUUCUCAGCAAGAGGAAACGUACGUUGCCCAGUUUGAAUCGGAGUACAUCAACUGUUCGGUCCCUUUGUAUCAGGAGUAUUGGAUGAACGCUGUGAGGAAGGAUUUACACCGAGCACAGCAUACUGGACUUUCAGAAUUGGCGGCAUCUGUGCGUCUUUCUGGUCUGAAAACUCCCCCUGCAAUAAGCCCGACCCCUGUCUUGAGCCCACCAGGACUACAGGCUAAGCCAUACGCUCUAUGGCAGGAGCUACCGCAAGUAAAGAGUCUGCUAAACUCCCUCAGUGCACAUGAGAUCCAGCUUCAGGAGGCCAUUUUUGAGCUGAUUGUGUCAGAGGCCUCAUAUCAGAAGAGUCUGAUAGUAGCACUGAAUGUGUUUCAGUGCUCUGCAGAACUCAAACAGAUCCUCUCCCGUGUGCAGCAUCAUGUUCUGUUCUCAAACCUAAAGGACGUCUGCAGAGUCAGUGAAAAGUUUCUGCAGGACAUGGAGUCCCAUCUUGGAGAGGAUGUGGUGAUGUCACAGGUUGGCGAUAUUGUUUUGAAUCACCAGCAAGGCUUCCAAAAAGUCUAUGUGCCGUAUAUCACCAACAUGAUGUACCAGGAGGCUCUUAUCACUCAGCUGCUGCAGGGAAAUAAAAAAUUUGCACUGAUCCUGAAGAAACUAGAGAAAGAUCCACAGUGCCAGAGACAAACGCUCAAGUCUUUCCUGAUUCUUCCUUUCCAGAGGAUCACAAGAAUGACACUCUUACUUGAGAACAUCCUCAAGCGAGCUAAAGGUGGUUGUUCUAAUGUCCCUAAUCUAAAGGAAGCCAUUGAAGCUGUUCGUAAGAUAGUGGAAGAGUGUGACAGAAGUGUCCAACAAAUGAAGAGGACAGAGCUGCUUGUUUGCUUGGACAAGUUAGUGGACUUCGGAAAUGUUAAGGCAAUUCCAUUAAUCACCAGAGGGCGUCAUUUGAUUCAGGAGGGAACUUUGAAACAUCUAAUUGUUGGUGGCAGUCACAAAGCCUCUGUAGUUGCUCGCAAAGAUGUGUACAUACACCUUUUCAAUGAUCUUCUACUCCUCUCUGUUAAAAGUGGACACAAGUAUGUUGUGCAGGACCAUGCACUGUUUCCUGAUCAUGUGUGCGUGAAGGAAAUCAAAACAACGAUUUUGGGAUUGGCUCCUGAAUCCUUCCUGCUCCAUCUGACUAAGAACCACAAUAGGACUUCCACUGCUCUAAUACUGGCAGCACACAAGAGAUUAGAAAAAGACACCUGGAUGAAAGUUUUCUCUUCAAAAUAGUUAACUGCAAGUCUGGAAACGCAACAAAGGAGGAUGCUCUUAAAUAGGCACCAUUAAGUGCUCUGAAAUACUAACUGUAAUGGAUAUUUUAGAUUUGAAUAUUUUAAUAUUAAUAUGUAUAUUCUUAAAUAAAAGGCUAUAAGCAA